GUGUUCCACGGCCUACAGAGCAUCAUCAUGCCCAAGUUUUACUGUGACUGCUGUGACAUGUACCUCACCCAUGACUCUCCUUCUGUGCGAAAGACACACUGCAAUGGGAAGAAACACAAAGAGAAUGUGAAAGACUACUAUAGAAAAUGGAUGGAGGAGCAGGCCCAGAGCCUGACACAAACAACUGCUGUGUUUCAACAAGGCAAGAUUCCUCUUACCCCGUUCUCUACUCCCCGUCCUGCAGGGGCCAUGAUUCCACCUCCGCCCAGUCUCCUGGGUCCUCCUCGCCCUGGGAUGAUGCCAGCUCCCCAUAUGGGAGGCCCUCCUAUGAUGCCAGUUAUGGGCACCCCUCUUCCUGGGAUGAUGCGGGGACCUGCUCCUGGAAUGCGGCCACCAAUGGGAGGCCACAUGCCAAUGAUGCCUGGGCCUCCGAUGAUGAGACCCCCUGCCCAUCCCAUGAUGGUGCCCACUCGGCCCGGAAUGACCGGACCAGACAGAUAAAGGAGAGUGGGAGCUGUGCACUCUGUUCGCUUUAUAUCACUUGUUCUUCAUCACUAGAGAUCCUGGUGCUGACUCUGGGUGUUUUUUCUAACAGCUUAAAGGUAGGUUUGCUUCCCCUUUCUAUCAGAGAGAGAAUUUUGGAGGUGAACAGUAAGUGGAACAAAAACAAUUUUUAUUUGUAUUAUAAAAUGUGAAAAUAAAGU